UAAGAAAAAAACAAAACAAAUUUAAGCAAAAAGUUUGUGCUAAGCAAUAAAAACUAAAAUAUAGACAGAAAAAUAAGAAGGAAAAAUAGUUAAAACGCAUUCGAUCCGGGUUUCACUGCAAUUACUUAAAGUGUUACAAGAAGUGUGUGCAAGCGCUUGAAAAUAUUAUAAUAAUUUAUUAAAUAAAUAAAGAAAUCCUCAAAGAAGUGUCAAUACAGUAUGUCGAAGAAGGAAGAUACACCGUUCGUCAUGUGAUGACUUCAAACCAAAUACCCCAUCAAAAUAUGGCGCAGCAGAUGCAGUUUUGAAUAGUAAUGUGCCCAUUGAUGGCGCUAAUAUGCCAACCCCUACCAAUGCACGCAACAACAAUAAUAAUGCAGAGAGAAUUGUUACACCAUCGACUAUGUAUGUCCUGCAUGGACAUCAACACAUCGAAUUGCGCGACCACUGCCAUCGUCAACGCACAGAAGGCAUAGAUAUUAAGGCUCGGAAAAAAUUGAUAAUAGCAAGCGUACUAUGCCUGGUAUUCAUGGUUUGUGAAAUUAUUGGCGGCAUUUUAUCGAACAGUUUGGCUAUUGCAACAGAUGCUGCUCACUUGCUAACAGAUUUUGCCAGUUUUAUGAUAUCAUUGUUUGCCAUCUGGAUAGCUGGACGACCAUCAACACAACGCAUGUCCUUCGGCUGGUAUCGCGCUGAAGUUAUCGGCGCCAUGGCCUCCGUUGUGAUGAUUUGGGUCAUUACCGCAAUACUCGUCUGGUUGGCCGUGCAACGUUUGAUUAAUCGCGAUUUUGAAGUGGACGCAAAGAUUAUGCUGAUUACAUCGGGUUUGGCGAUUUUGGUUAAUUUGAUCAUGGGCAUCCAGCUGCAACAUGGCCACUCACAUGGUGGCAUGGCCUCUGCUUCGCACGGCCAUAGUCAUGGUGGCAAGACGAAACAAACGAGUGGUAAAAAAGUUGCUAAUAUUCAAGCGGCAAAUGAUAGCUGUAGCGGCAACUUGACGCUCACCCCCACCACUACAAAGCCAGCCGCGAGUGCUGAAAAACGCUAUGUGGCCGGACCGACGUGCUCACCAACUGGUCCCUGCGCCUUGCCGGCGCCCCAACGUCCGCUAGAAGAUGGCGCCGGCGAGCUGGAGUUGGACGCUAACGAUGCCGCAAUGCCAGUUUCUGGUUUGUCCACUUUCUCCUAUCAGAACUCGACUUCGUUAAGGGAGGUGCAUGCGGAGGUUGCUGCGGUUAUGGCGGAGACGGCAGCUGGCGCGCAUCAUCACGGCGGCUCGGCGGCACGUGAUGCUGAAAAUUUGAAUGUACGCGCUGCUUUCAUACAUGUCGUUGGUGAUAUGAUUCAGAGCGCCGGUGUAUUUCUGGCCGCUGUGGUGAUAUUCUUUCGGCCAGACUGGGCGAUCAUCGAUCCCAUUUGUACAUUUUUCUUCUCAAUUAUAGUGCUCUUCACGACGUUCUCCAUCAUGAAGGAUGCGCUGCUGGUUCUAAUGGAAGGUACACCCAGCUACAUGCACUACACCGAGGUACUCGAAGUCUUCGAACAUAUUGAGGGUGUGAGACGUGUGCAUAAUUUGCGUAUUUGGGCGUUAAGCAUUAAUAAAGUCGCGCUCUCCGUGCACUUGGCCAUUGCCCCCGAUGCAAACGCUAAGCGCAUAUUGGAAGAAGCCAGCACUGCCGUACAUCGACGUUAUAAUUUCUUCGAGACAACCAUACAAAUUGAGGAAUUCACACCACAAAUGGAGAGUUGCCAGCAGUGUAGUGUACCGAGCUUGUAGAGUGAAUAGGCCCAUUGCAAGUUCAAUCGUAGGGAGGGAGAUAUGCAACCACAAAUAUUUAAAUACAUAAAUUGCUAUAUUCUCUGGGAAGCGAUAUAAAUCUUUUGCUGCUGAAGAUUUUUUUGCCAUUCAAAUUCAUAGAUGUUUACGUGUUAUUAUAAUUAUGUAAAGAAAAAAGUUUAUAUUCUCUAAUUAUGACUUAAGCUUUUUUUGUCAUUUGGGAAAAUAUUUUUCGUAUAUUUACACAAGUCCUUGUAUAGAUGUAACUAAUUAAAAUAGUUAUGAUUUGCUUGUUUCACUUUUGUUAUUCCAGUUUUCUGUGUU